CCACAAGCAGCAUCCUCGCAUCCUCAUCUUCACACACGGAUGUCCUCACACACGAUCCGCCGCAAACAUAAUUUUGGAGAAAUCGACGUGCGAUGCUGACCUCAAAUUCGCUACUAUUGCGUUGACGACGAACAAAAUACAAACGAAGGUGCUUCAUUCGGCUUUUCCCUCCUUUUUUUGUCCGUCGACAUGAUGCCCGCGUCGUCUCCUUCGGCCUGGCCCGGAGAGGAGCGACCGUCUCUGCUGGACCAGGAGGAACCUGAGCUGAGCCAAGUGUCGGUGGCCAUGCCGUGCCCCUCCCUGGGCGUGGGCGAGGAGCUCCUGUGUAGCGGCAGCCCGGCCGGUGCUGCACCCCCACGGAGCAAGUCCAAAGGAGAGCUGGUCAUCGCCAUCAACGAGAAGCUUAAGAGCAGUAACGGCGUCCCAGCUGGGGAAAGCGCCUCCCCUGUGGUCUCCUCACCCCCCCGCCGCCAGCACUCCAUCUCGUACCCACAUCACGCCAAGACCAGGAAAGGCAGCCGGGCAGGCUCCAUUGGCUACACCGCCUUCUCCCCCAGGCCGUCACUGUCGCGCCACUCCAGCAUCGCCACCAAUCCCCCCUUGGACCGCACCAAGGUGAAGGACUACCUCCUGCUGUCCGUGCUAGCCUGCUUCUGCCCUGUGUGGCCCAUCAACAUAGUGGGCUUCGUCUACUCCAUCAUGUCCAAGAACAGCCUGGAGCAAGGCAACCUGGACGGCGCCGUGCGUCUGGGCCGCGUGGCCAAGAUGCUGUCGUUGGUGUCGCUGGUGGGCGGGACGCUCAUCAUCAUCGCCUGCGUAGUCAACCUGGCCAUCAACGUGAAAACCUGAGUUUGCCAAAGGGAAAAUGGCGGCCCCCCCCAAACCUGCCCGCUCCCGCACUGUUUGUCUUUGACCACCUCCUCGUUACCUGGACGUGUGACUUAAACGGUGAGACAAUUGGACAUCUUCAAUGCAGGAUGUCAAAUCCCCUCGGAUACACAGAAAGACAAACCCGCUCCCUGAGGAGAAAGCGUCGCCAGCACCUUGUUUUUCAGACUGCGUCAUCCCUCGACACCUCAGUGGGAGCGCCCAAGGAAAAAAAAAAAAAAACACCACACAAGUCAACAUACGUGCCAAAAAGGAGAAAUAGUUCACGUUACUAUUAAUGGGUCAAAUUACUUUGAUCUUUACACGUUGAAGCACUGUGAUUAAAAUUGUCAAUUUAUGUCUGCGGGUUCAAGACGGGGGCAUUUCUGGCUAUACGUCACAACAAAAUGCUAACGGUGCUCCUAAAACAUGUCACAGCAAAGCGGAAACGAUAAUACACUUAGGUUGUUACCUAAUCGUAUUUCUAAACAUCUCAAAAAUUUACAUAUUCCCAAUGUCUGCUAAAUUCUUGUGCUUAAAAAUCAUUUGCCAACAAGCUAGCUUUUGCUAGCUUCCGCUAAAUGCCUUGUUGAAAGAGGCGCGGUGAGGGUUAGCUACCCCCGUCUUGCAAGCCGCAGACAGACCCUUCUCGAAAUUGUACCAAACAAGAAUGACGUCCGAAUCAAUGACUGUCCAAUCUAUUUGGACGUCCAUUCACACCGAAAUGUGAUCAUUCACUGCCAUUGUACAAACAGCUUUAGGUGUAGCAUAAUAAUAACCCACGACUGUUCUUUGAGCGGAUGACGGCGUCCAUGUUGUGGAUGUACGGUCGUCGCCGUGUUCUGCUGCUGCUCGGUCACAAGGUCGCUUUUUAUGAAAACUCGCAAAAUUACGUAUGUACGUUAUGUACACAAAUACAUUUCAAUGUAGUAAAAAUAUUGUUGAAAGUUAAAAAUACAAAGUGAAACUGAGUUUUUUAGAACAAGCGAUUAGCAUACAAAAACAUGACUUUAAAGCUUUCAGCUUUUAAUUUUUUCACAAAAAAAGUAAAAAGUCACGCUUUUUUUCUUUAGCCAUUAUGAAUAAAAUGUCAUACAACAAAACGCAAUUUAAUGAAGUUACAUCCUGUUGAUAUCGGAUUAUUUUUUCCCCGUUGGAAAUGAAUGGGGCUAUUGGAAAUACCGUAUCGGCCCGAAAAUGAGACGGCCCUGAUUAUAAGACGACCCCCUCUUUUUCAAGAUUGAAAAAAGACUUUUUCAACACCAAAUUAAAAUUUAUACAAAAAAAUAAUUUCAGUACAUCUGAAACAAAUGAUUAUAACACAUAGUUGAGAGAAAAAACAUGUUAUUUUGCCUCAUUCAAAUCUUAAUAGCUGAACAUUUAAAUAUGUAAACUAAAGUGCAAUCACAUUCGUAAAUGAAUGGCUUCUGGUUUUUGAAAGGUAAAUAAACCAAUCUAUUGUGAUAUAACAACAAAAUUGCAAUAACUGCAUUAACCAUCAAAAUGAAGUCUAACUGUAACUGUAGUCUUGAAACAAAUCUGAAUAAGGAAAAACACUGCAAUAAAAUAGUGCAAACUGGUUAAACUUCAGAGUAGCUGAGAUCUGUCAUGACAGAACAUCGCUUCAAUGAUAUCUGGCUUCAUCUACCGUUAUGAAUGGUUAUAAUGUCUAGACCGCGAAUAUAAGACGACCCCCACUUGUUCAGUCUUAUUUCAAUGCAAAAAACAUCGUCUUAUAUUCGGGCCAAUACUGCAAAUGGGAAUUUUUUGUGAAAAUUUCAAUUUUUUCCUCCCAGAAAAAAGAUAUUUGGGAACUGUAGUCAACUAAUCAUCAGAUACAAUAUGAACGAUACGCACCCCCUCAAACAAUCAGAGAAUGACAUCAUUUUUGAGCAGUCUUUUGUUUUUGUAUUUCCACAAGUGUACAUACAUUACAUACUGAAAAGCAAAACUGUAUUUCUAAACUUUUCUGUGUACUCUUUGCGUGUGAUUUUCACUGUGACGCCAAUAUUUCCUAUAAAGGCCAAUUUGGCACGUACAUGUAUAUUUUCUCAAUCAUGUGUUGUAUUCCGCUCAUAUAACCUGAUCUUUGUGGUGCCUGGCAUGCUUUUUCAUCAUGUACAAACCACGAGUCGACAUAUUGAAAUAUACUUCUUAUAAUAAAGACACAAUGCAUGCAAGAAGCUGUUGUUGCAUGACCAAAAAUGCAUUGGAGCAAAGGAUCUUUUGCAACCCUUUGAAAUUGAAAGGAAUGGUAGUAAAGGGGCUAGCAUAGCUCAAGCUAAUGUCAGUUUUCAUCUAGGUUCGUCAUUCUGUUAGCCAAAGUUGAAUUGCUUUGCAACCUAAAAAUGGUAAAAAUCCUUUUUCAAGCCGCUUAACUUAUUUGCUGCCAUUGACAGCAAUAGAUGUCCAACCACAAAACAUUAACUACAAAACAAGCUAGCAUAGCUCAAGCUAAUAUCGGUUCUCAACUGUUUUUUUAAUGUGUUGGAUCUUUUAUGGCUGUUUGAUAUCUAAAUGAAUGGUGGUACAGGGGCUUGCAUAGCUCAAGCAAGGAUUCAAGGGUUUUUAUUGUCUCAUCAGUUCACGUUUACAUGUUAAUGAUGAGAAAAUAUAACUCAGGUCCUGUUUCGAAAGCCAAUUUAAAUGCAAAGUGAGUAUAAAAGAGCAAAAUUGGUGCAAGAUAUAACCAGCAAGACAGACAACAACAAUGAUGAAUAGAAGUAUAAAAAUAUGUAACUACUAAAAGAAUUUAGCAGUUGGCUGAGUUGGGCUUGUUAGGUGCUAAAAUGUACAUGAAGUGGAUCAUAUGGAUAUGAUCGUAAGUGAUGUGAUUGUCUUUUUAAGUGAC